CGCGUGUGCGUCUCUGCCUGACGUCAGACUCAGCACCGUACCACAACAUCAGACAUCAAGCAGCCGACGCGGCCGAGGCUUUUCUCAACAUUAGAAAGCCUUUACCCUCGAGGAACGAAAUUGAAACCUUUUCCCUCAUCAUGGCCCCGACCCUGUAUGACGUGAAGCCAGAGCCAGGAGACCUGAUCGAGAUCUUCCGUGGCUCCUACCAGCACUGGGCUGUUUACAUUGGCGAUGGAUUUGUUGUUCAUUUGGCACCGCCUUCGGAGGUUCCGGGCGCUGGAGCCAACAGCAUGAUGUCAGUCUUCUGCGAGAACGCCCUGGUGAAGCGGGCUGAGCUUUGGGAUGUGGUGGGGACCGACAACUGGCAGAUCAACAACACCCUGGACGACCAGUAUGAGCCUCGGGCGGCCUACCUGGUGGUGCAGGAGGCCCUUGAGUCGGUCGGCAACAAGCUGCCCUACUGUGUCUUCCAGAUGAACUGCGAGCACUUUGCUACCGAGCUGCGCUACGGCAAGGCCCAGUCUCGACAGGUGCGCAGGGCAGGCGAGGUUGUCAUCGCAGCGGGUGUGGGCACAGUGGUGGUCCUGGGUCUCGUGGCUCUGGCCGGGGCCAUCUUUGGAGGCGGGCGCAAAGAAAAUAAGGACACGCAGUGAUUGACAUCUGUUGAUCUGGAGGAGCUUGAUUACUACCAGCAGAACAUGAUUUACACAUUGAUUUUUUUCGAAUUCAGUGGGUGGAUUGUAAAGAAAAAAAAGAUUUUUUUAAUAAUGAAGGAUUUGUGCUUUCUGGCAUUAAGGUGCAAUAAUUUUCCAACUUUUAACUCUUAAUGUACGUUCACGACAAAAGCUGUAAAAGAUGCAAAAUCGCAGAAUAGCUCAAAACGCAACGCUGUCAAAAAUAUUUACAGCUCAUAUCGCUCUGGCGCGUAGGCCUAUAUUUACUCAGACCCACGCCGGCGAGAGACCUCUAGAUUCCGAUUGGCUGGCGGUCGUUACAGCCGAAAUGCUACUAGCUCAUUUGCAUAGAGUUGUGCUGUUUUCAACUCUCAUUUACAGCUUUACAGCUUUAAACCUAUCGCUCCUAUGGCUUUAGCGCUCAUGUCUAAUAGAAAGUGAAUGGGCGCUUAUCGCUAAAAUCGCUUUACAGCUUUUGGUGUUAUUGUACAGUUAGUACACUAGCAGCACAACUAAGAAGGUGUUUCCAUUCUGCAUUUUGCAGAAGCCUGUGGAUCUCUGCCAAUAAUGAGGAUGCAUUAUCUUUAAUACAUGAGUAAGAUGGAUUUUUAACAGUUAACCUAAUGAAGGACUUUCAUUUGAGUGUUAUUAUUGUUAAUUUAA